CCUGCGUCGGUGUAAGAUGUAAACACUCCUCCAGCAGCAGCUUCCUCAGUCAGAGUCUGAGCAGCUAGCUAACAUGAUCCGCCAGCGAUUAAUACUCCACCUGCCAAAGGUUUCCACUCGUCGUUACUGUUAUUAAUCCCUAUCAGAUGAUGUUUAAAAAUCUUUUUUGGGGAUUUACAAGACCGCGUCAAGUUUCUGUCAUAAAAUUAAUCUUAGCGGUGGGGCUAGUUUCAGCUAGCUAGCUCACGAACUCUCAGACGUGAAGAGCCUCUUUCUUUCGCAAAGACGCGACAUUAUUUAGGGAUUUUUAUUUAUUUAUUUUUUUCUUAAAAAAAAAAAAGCCCAAAACGCUUUUUCGAAAUGGUGCUUUCGUUGUUGAGCAUUUGCGCCAGGGAGGUGGUGAGUGACCACAGCGCGUCACCCUGCUGGCUCAGGUGGGUGCCCAGAGAGCUGUACAGACCGCUGCUGGAGGCCGCCUUCGCCGGCUGCAGACCGCUGGCUGUGGGCGAGCUGGUGCAGAGGUGGCCCGAACGCACGCUGCGUGUCGGCGGAAGGAGGAAACAAGGACAAACUGCGCCAAAUCGACUCUGCAUCCAGGCUCUGUUACUUGCAGUUGUCAGGGGACUGUCGGACCAAAGAUAUGCCCUGCAAGUGCUGGACCUGUGUGGGCUGCAGGGAGAUGAGGGAGGGAUGGGGGACCCCAUGGGAGGCUGGUCUCUCACUGUAGCUCUCUGCACCAUGGCUGUCCAGGCCAGAGCUGGAGCUCAGAGGGCAAAGAGGAGAGAGGGAGAGCGGGAGAGGAAGAGGUUCUCCGCUCUGGAGAGAGAGAAAGAUGUGAAAAGAGAGAGGGGACAGUGGAAGAGGGGAAAGGCGCCCAAUGGGGAUGGGGAGAGCACAGAUAAUAAGGACCUGAGUUGGAAAUCAUGUGGGGUUCUGAGCGAAGAGGAGGUGAUUAAAGGAGUGAGGAGGAGGAUGGAGAUGGAGAGGAAGAGAGAGAGUGCAGUGGCAGGUUCAGGAGGCAGCAUGAAGGAGACAGAAAGUGUAAACAGUGAUGUGUUGGUUCAUGUGAGAGCUGAUCUCUUUGUGAAUGCUCGCUCCUGGGAGCGCGUUCGUGUGGCUCUCAAUACAACAGGGCCCCUCAAGCUUCAGUGCAGAUAUCUGCGCGUGGAGGAAAUUUCAGUGUCUAGUAUCAGGACCCUGCUGGACCUCCUGCCUCGCCAGGGGCUUCUGGGCAUCGAUGUCCGCUACAGCAACCUCGGGGUGGCUGGGUUGGCUGAGCUGCUGCCUUUGCUCUCCACCUUCCCAGCUCUGAACUCUCUUCGCCUGCACUACUGUAACUUGGACUUUCGCAGAGAUCACCCUGGGCAGGAGGAGGCCCUGAGGGACUUGUCUCAGGGUCUGACGACGCUACAAGAGCUGCGACGGCUCAGCCUCACCGCUCUGCGCCUGCCUGGACAGCUCCGUGUGCUGCUCAGCUCGCUGCCUCAGCCUCUAGAAAUACUGGAGCUGCCAUAUUUGAGCCUGAGCCCGGCCGACCUCGCCUAUCUGUCCUGCAGCCAUCAUGCCUCCACGCUGCAGCAGCUGGAUCUAAGCGAGAACCAUGUGGAUGAAACAACCCUCCCCUCCAUCCGCCGCCUCCUCUCCCAGGCUUCCAGCAGCCUGCAGCACCUCUCUCUGAGCGGCUGUGGCCUCACCGAUGGCCUGCUGGGACUCUUGCUGCCCUCGUUGGGAGGCUGCUGGGCACUCAAGAGCUUGGCUUUGGCCCUGAACCCUCUCUCCAUGGCAGGCCUCAUGGACCUGGUGAGGAUGGCUGGGAGAAUGCCCUCCCUCCGUCACUUACUGUACCCAAAUCCGCUGGAAGACUAUCAGCCAGGCCUUCCUGACCUGCCCUCCAGCGCUCAGCUGUUAGACUGGCCACUAGAUGAAGCCACAGACAUCAACACAACCAGCAGUCAGCUCAAGAGGGUGCUGAUAGAUGGCGGACGCUCUGACCUCUUUCUGACAUGCGACCUGCUGAAUUAUGAUAAAGACUUGGUGGACUAGAGAAGAGGUGCUUUUUAGUUUGCUCACCGACACGCCAGAGCAAUGUAGAUACACCUGACAAUCAAACUAUCAUCAUUAUCACCACCUGUCUCAUAUAAAGGAUUCAUUAUUCAGUAACGCUUUCUAUAAAUACAGAUAACCGGAACAAAGUAGCAAGACACUCAAUACAAUGCAGACCUCCAAAUUGAAUGAAAGGAGUAGUUACACAAAGUUUGGGUCGGGGGAAGUCUUUGUCUUUAAAGAAAUGGUUUGUCAUCAGGAAAAUGAUCGGAAAAUGACACGUCUUUAUAAAUAAGAUAAUAAUAAUAAGAUUUUUUGACGCAAGGAGGAGGCCGUAAGAGAGCUGCAACAAUUAAUCAAUUAGUUGUCAGCUAUCACGUUAAUCUGCACCUACUUUGAUAAUCAAUAUCUGUUUUUUUUUUACUCCUCUAUGACAGUAUUAUAAAUAUUUUUGUGUUGUGAACAAAACAUUUGAGGAAGUCAUCCAGAUGACAUUAGUCAUCAUUUUCUGACAUUGAUCUAAUAGUUUAAUAGCCAAAAUUUGCAGAUUAGUCAAAAAUUAAAAUAAUCUUUAGUUGCAGCUGCAAACAGCCAUUCUUCAAUACAAUGGUGCUAUACUACUUAUUAAGUUCACCUGUUUGCUGUAUAGAUUCAGUUGUUGCUCAUGCGUCAGUGCUGGUUUUGUACCAAAAUGAUUAUUUAUAAACGAUGAAUGUCCCUCUGAUUUAAAGAUCACAGGAUCACAGCCCUCGUGCCUUUCACAAAUGUCACCAGUACUGUAUUUACACAGGACAGACUUUCAGAUACAGCAUGUUAUGUAUAUUCUACAAUUCAUCAACCAAAAACUAACUGCAAGUAUGACUGUAGUUUCUUUUUAUAAUGUGUGUUUGCUAAGUUUGCAUAGUUUUCCUGAAAUAACAAGUGAACACGUUACAUUUUUUUAAAUAUGCAAACCAAUGAACUGCGUGUUCUUCUGCUUUAUUUACCAAGUAAUGUACAUUGUGCUGUUCUGCUUUACAUAUUUGUUAUACUGUAUUUCUUGGAUAUCUGUUUUAAAAUGUUCAGGUUUACUAAGGUCUUAUUUUUAUUAUUAACUCAAUUUCUAUGUUGAAUCAUAAACAAUCAGCAUUAUCAGGAAAAGACUGUACCAAAUCAGCCUUGUACCACAUGAAUGCAUUUUCAUACUGUCACACAAUAAAUCGGUCCUAAAGCAA